AUGAAUCUCUCAGAACUGGAUUAUUAUACAAUUUUGAACGUGAAAAGGAGUGCAACAAAAGGGGAAAUAUAUCUAGCUUACCGUAAAUUGGCUAUCCGUUUAAACCCAUACCGUGAUCCGAAGCACUGCAAAGAAUUUGUGCCUUUGGCUGAAGAAAACCAACUGACGCAUAUGUCUCCGAUGGGUUUAAACAAGCAAUGGGCUUAUAUUAAUAUGGCUUUGGAUGUUUUGGGUAACGAUUUGUAUCGUUCAAUUUACGAUCGAUACGGCGAGGCCGGCUUAAUACAAGGCAUACUUUUACCGAACGGCUAUUUUCCCCCUUAUCAUUAUCAUGGCGAUCAUAUGAAAGUUUACCAUGAAGUGUUUGGCACUUAUUCGCCAUAUGCGAACAUUAUGGAUCCUAUAACAAACCCACCGCCGCUUUAUACAAACAAGAGUAACGGUAUUGGAGUUCGCACAAAAGAGCCACCGGUUGAGAAAACAGUUGCCUUAUCCCUAGAAGAUGUAUAUUUCGGUUGCGUUAAGUUAAUGCAUGUCUGGCGCCAGGAAUUCAUAGAUAAAGACGAGCUUGCAACAGAGAAACGCAAGAAAACAUUAACAUUAAAUAUACCACCGGGUAUCACGGCCGGCACCCGUUUUUCGUUUAAGGAAGAGGGAGAUCGAUUUCCCACGAAAAUUCCCUCUGAUAUAAUAUUUAUUGUCGAAGACAAACCGCACGAUGUGUUUAAGAGACGCAAUCUUUACAAUAUUGUUUAUACUCAUGAAAUUUCUUUAUGUCAGGCCCUAAUUGGAUUCCGAUUCGUGAUUGAGACUUUGGAUAAGCGGAAAAUUAAAGUUUCUAUUAGUGAUGUAGUUACGCCAGAUUUCGUCAAAAUUCUACCCAACGAAGGAUUACCGAAAUAUAAAAGUCCUGAUGACAUAUCAAAGAGCAGAGGUGUCCCGACUUACGAGUACGGGGACCUUAUAAUAGAAUUCAAAAUAAAAUUUCCCGAAUAUCUGAACACUGAAAUGAAAUUGCUGACUCGCAAUUUCUUCAGCGAUUUCCACGCACUGGAAGAAAAAGCAGCCAAUGAAAGUUCAUUUUAA